CGCCGGGUGUGCGGAAAAGUGUUUCUCAGCCCGGGGGAGCAUCGCAGGCGGCCGGUACAUGCCAGUGCGUAGGCAUCCAUUGGAAGACACCGUCCACGGUCCCCUUACUGUGCGUCACUGACAGCACACUCGAGCACACUACGUCCCAGCAGGUUGUACCCUAGCCGCACGCCGGGGAAAGUUUCCCCCGCACCAGGAAAUAGGAUCGGCCGAAGGUGGGCUACACACAUUAGCUCCGCUGAGUACCUGAGAGGAGGCGGAGGUGGGACGGUUUCCUGCUAGCAGCCGCCUACCGACUGUACCUGCGGUAUGAGGCGCGUCCAGCUGCCGCGGAUGCUGCGGUGCAUCUUCGUCCUACUCGCGGUCCUCUCCCAAUCCAACGCCGCCAGGAGUGGGGCAGCCUCCGGCAAAGAGCUGACGUUUCUGGUGUACGCGUCUGGUGACACCGGGGAGGUAGUCCGGCUGACACCCGGGCGGGGAGGCGUGUGGACCCGGGCAGUCAUCGAUCGCGGCAUCCGACCUGUGGCGGUAGACUAUGAUCCAGUGGAACAGAGAGUGUACUGGAGUGACGUGGAAAACAGGUGUAUCAAACGUGUCUUUCUCAACGGAACCGGAAGUGAGGUCUUCAUGACAAGGUUUAUGGGUACUGUGGAUGGCCUGUCAGUAGACGUACAGAACCGGCGGCUGUACUUCUCCAACAUGAACUCUGUCCGUGCCGGCACGUGGAUCAGCUCCUGGCAGCGGAUAGAGAUGGUGGGACUGGACCGCCGGAACCGGAAACGCGUCAUAGAGACCAACCUCGGGAAACCUCGGGCUGUUGUGGUGCACCGCGGGUUCCUGUAUUUCUCGGACUGGGGCAGCCAGCCGAGGAUCAGUCGGGCAGACCUGGACGGGGGGAACCGCCUGACACUCCAGUCGGCUAACGUGUACAACCCUAACGGCCUGGCCACCGACGGACAGGCGCUGUUCUGGACCGACUCCCGACUGGCGCUCGACUCGGCAGCGUCCAUUGAGAAGUCUUCACUCCUAGGAGGGAACCGAACCACGGUGAAUUUCCGUGUGAAGGUACCGUUUGGGAUCACCCUGGGUGACGAUUACGUGUUCUUUAGCGACUGGGACGAGCGGGCGAUCUUCCGCGGGAACAUGCGCAACGGGGAGAUCGUUUCCGUGGUGAAGAACAUCUCUCAUCCCAUGGGGCUGCAGUACUACAAAGGACCGCAAUACGUCGAUCUGACAGCUCGAAACCCGUGUGACACCAGCGGCUGUAGCCACAUCUGUGUCCCCAUCCGCGGGGGCUACCGCUGCCAGUGCCCGGAUGUAGGAGGGUUGGUACUGACGGACGACGGGAAGAGAUGCGUAGAACCCGACAAUUUCCUCCUUGUGGCCGACUACAACGAAAUACGCAUGCUCUCCUUCGACACACGUGACACCACCGCCUAUCCCAUCAUUCAGCUGGACGGGGCGCCCAACAUCGUGGCGCUGACCUAUGACCCGGAAGAGAAGUUUGUGUACUGGAGCAGCGUGAACACAGGCAUGGUGUCCCGCGGUCGGCUGACAGGGGAGGAGAUAUCCUACGUCAAGUUGUUCGGAGGGGGCAUAGACGGCAUGGCGAUCGAUGUGGAUGGGAGGACCUUAUAUUGGUCGGAUGGGAUCGCGGGGACCAUCGAAAUGCUUGAUCUGGGCACUUUUGCCCACAAGGUGGCGGUGAAAGAUGUAGAUAAGCCAAGAGCCAUUACCAUGGACCCAAUCAGGAGCUACCUGUUCUGGUCGGACUGGGGGAAAGAGCCUAAGAUCGAGCGGGCCUCCCUGACCGGGGGGAACCGCACCACGCUGGUCGGCAGGGACCUGGAGUCACCUAACGGCCUGGCAGUGGACGCUGACGAGGGGCGGCUUUACUUUGCCGACGGGACACUCAGGAAAAUAGAGUCUAUUGCUGAAGAAGGAGGAAAUCGCCGAGAAGUGUCGACCAUCUCUCAGAAAAUGGACCAUAUCUACGGGCUGGCGAAAGUGGGCCCCGCCCUGUUCUACUCCGACUGGAAGACUCAGUCCGUGGCCAUGACUGAUCUGGUGACAGGCAGGAUCGACAAGGUCAUCACCGACCUCAUCAGACCGACGGAGAUCCAUGCGCAUCAUCCAAAGGAGCUGAAAGUGUCCGGUAUGUGCGCCACUGGCAGGUCACCCUGCUCACACACAUGUGUGUCCGUGCCGGGAGGAGUCAGGUGCGCAUGCCCACCAGGCAUGAGGGUCGCUGCCGACAGAGUCACGUGUGUAGACGAUACUUCCACACCAGGCAAUGACGUGACUACUAGCAUUAAUGAGAUCACCACCAACUCUAUUGAAACAACUACAUUACUGGACAAGACAGGAACGCCGGGCCCCGUGCUGGCCUGUCCGGCUGACGUUAUGAAGGAGGUACCCAGAGCGCCCGUCAUGAUCACGUGGAAACAACCGCGGCUGGUGGGGAAUGGCGCCAUCCUGAUGGCGGAAUGUUCCAGGAAACCCGGACUGUUCUACAGGGGGAGCACUGCGGUCACGUGCUGGGUUGUUGAUUCGAAGGGAACCAAAAACACCUGCAGGUUUAACGUCAGCAUCAUCGUCAAAACAGUUGAAUGUCCGCCCGUGCUCUCUCCGACCAACGGUAACUACACCUGUAAGAUCGCCAAGACAGGCAAACAGCGGUGCCGUAUGGAGUGUCAGGAGAGAUUCUCUCCUUAUCCUGACGCCAAGUUUACCUGCACCCCCAUGGGAGAAUGGAGGGAUCCUAUACCUCUUUGCAUAGGUGACGUGGAGAGACCGAAGAUGUUUCGACGAUUUAUCUCCUUCUUCCUGCCGGUUCCCUGUCAGAGCAUCUCCUCGGUUCUGCCCCUCGACAUCACUGGAAAAUUACUCAACUACAUCGUGCCGCUCCAGCCGUGCAAGCCUCUCUCCCAGGACGCCAGCUGUCUCUCAGUCAAGGCUUCCUGCAGCGCAGGAUAUUCCGCCAGGAGGCGCAGGCAAGCCGGUCCAGAAAACGGCGUGGCCGUGAACAUGACCGUCACGAUAAACGCACGACAAGACCCGAUCAGGCUCAGAAGACUGGAAAAUUCGACGACAGAAAGGAUAUUGAGGCUAUUGAGAACUGGAAACUUUAGUUACGACAACGGGAACAGAGUGUACAGGAUCGCGGCAGACGGGGUGGUAGUGUCUGAUGUGAACGUGCUGUGUGGUUACGGGAGAAUGAAGCUCAGUAAAGGAUGUGUUAAGUGUCCGUCCGGCACUUUUUACAACGAGACCGCCAACCUGUGUCAGUACUGCGUGUUGAACAACUACCAGCCGAACCCGGGGCAGACGUCCUGCCGACUGUGUCCCUGGGGCACGGGCACGGCGGGGGUGGGCGCCUUCGACAUCAAACAAUGUGAUAGAAGUAACCUCCCCCCCACCGAGAGACCGAGAAACUCCGAGAACACCAUCCCCACCUAUCUACUCAACAACAAGGGCCCGGGAGUCCUGCUGUUCCUGUACAUCGCCGCUGGGUGCGUGGGCUUCAUUCUCCUGUCCGCCGCGCUGGCAGCGAUCUGCUAUCCGCCGUCCAUGGGAGAUCCUAACAGGGGUAACGACAAGAAGAACGAAAUGGCGGGGAACUGUGUACAGCCGAACAUGACUACCCUAACCCGCAAGAACAGGGCGUUCGGUUGGGACGACGAGGCGGAAACAGAUAACAGGGAAAAAGACCAAUCCACGUCCACGUUCCAGACGGGAAGGAAGUGGCGAGAGGGUAACGGAAAGUCGUCGCAGUUAGAAGGGGCGCCCUCUCGUGACGUGAACUUGUAUUACAACGAAACGCAAAGGUCACAGAAAGUAACGUAUCUGAAGCAGAACAACUUUUGACUGUAUUGACGUAUGGGGGAUUCCAACGAUAAAACACGUGGGGACAAUAUAAUACGACAGCCUUUUGAAAAAGGCAUAACAAAGAAAGUAGAACGAUAUAUAAGCAUUACUCAGCAAAAUGGGUGCCAAAAGCUAGAUUGAUAGGAAGACUAUGGAAACUAUGUGAAUAUCGCAUUCAAAUAUCAAAUGGCAAUAAGUCGUUUCCAUAGAGUUGGAAUCUAGAUAUCUGACUUUGUCUGACGUUAAUGCAUAUGAUUAGUGGUCAUACAGCCUCCACAUGUAUGAUGGACUGUAAAGGUGUGCAUUUUAUCAAUGGAUCCGGAUGCUUUCAAAAGCCAAAGAGCAUUUCUAUUACAACUGUUGCAUACAUAGAAUUAGAUUGUUUAAUUACCACGUGGAGAAUCAUUCUUGCAAUGUGAGGACGUCGACAAUAUGGUGUUUUAGGCAAUAGUCUUUCAUUUAAUCCCUGACCUGAAAAGACGUCAGUUUGUAUGUACAUGUCGGCUAUUUUCCGGAGCCAUAUGGACUUUCCGUCUAGCUACCGUGGCAUGUAUACUAUGAUGCGAUAGAGGCAAUGGUGACAAGGCAAGAAUUUCUUAUCUGUACAGAUAUUGCUCGAUGUUUUUUCAUGGUUCAUAUCUUAUCUGAACGAAGCAUGAGUCAGUUAAGAAUGUUUUUUCGAAUGAUUUACAGAUGAAUGUCAUACAUGUGCUCCAAUGCCCUAUGCAACAGAUUAAGGGGAGGAUCACAUUCGUCGCAAGGUUGUUGUACGACGAUCGCACACUGACGUAGUCGUGCAUAUGUCGUCCAAAACCUCACCUGGCUUGUUACGGAGAAGGCAGCGCUACAUCCGUGAAAAUUCUAUGGCAUUAGAAUCGUACGACGGCCUUCAAUGAAUGUGACCUAUCCCCAAUCGUCUCCGGUAUUAUAAUAUUUUAGACAUUAUAUCACAGGUCAAUGUUUAAUGUGAUAAUAUGUAUAGGCUUUGACUUAAUAUACAUGCCCCUAGAAGUUCGUGUCCCUACUCAAGCUCGGCGCCUGCAUUUAACAAAAGAUUGCUUUGAAGUUGGCCUUGUCAUGUUCAAAUUUAGCAAGACUGGCCAACAAAACGUCACAUUAUGAAGAAAUAGUAAGUACCUAUCAAUACGUGGUACAUCGCAAUGCCGUCUGUCUAAAACUGUGAUGGUUUUUCUUUGUUACAAGUCUUCUGUCAUUUCCAACAAGAAUACAUUGGCGUGAUAUUGAUAAUUAAGUAUGAAUGAAUGUUAAUGAAAGUCCCACAUGGCAACAGAGUAUUCGAAUGUGUGUUGAUUACUGUACAUAUACAUAAUAAAAUAAAAUAAUUUGACAAUCCUCGAUCGAUUAUGUAAAUAGAAGCAAAUUAAAUUUUCUCAUAAUGAGAACCGUUCAUAUGUACAUUAAAAUGGCCAAGAGUGGUUAUAUCUGGUUCUCCCGCAGAGAAAUAAAAUCCGUUGA